AUGGCUUCGCCGGUGAAACCGCAGCAGCCGACAGCCGGCAGCGGUGCGCCCAAAUCUUCCACGCGCGAGUCUUCCAAAAGUGAAGGCAAGUCGUCCUCGGCGGCCAGGUCUUCAAAGGCCCCGGCACCGGCACUGCACCACCACCAUCCGUACGGACACCAUCCGCUGAUGAUGGGUGGAGCCGGUGGAGCAGGUGGUAAGGUGGCCAGCAAGCUCGCCUCGGCCGCCGGAGUCGACUCGCUGUCCGCGCUCCAUCUGCUGCCGGCGCACCUGCGAGACAUGGUUCUGGCUGCGCAUCUGCUACGAGGUUACUAUCAGCCGGCGGGGCCGUUGAUAUCUCCGCACCUGCUCCCGCAGCCUCCGCCCGUGUCGCAGCACGGCGGGGGGCCGCUGGGCGGGAGCAAGAGCAGUGGCCCGGAGUCCGAGUCACCGCUGCAGGGACCGCAGCAGCCGCCGGCCUCUACCACCGCAGACAGUACGGAUAGUGAUGUACUGCUGACAGGUACGAGCGGAGCACCAGCGCCACACCACCACAUACCAUCCGACGCCUACCAUCCGUUCCGGCCAGCUGAUGCGGAUCGUUGUUUUCGUUCCAUCUUUGCAGGAGGUGACCUAGCGCCACGCGCCCCAGGUCCGUACGGCGGGCACCACCGGUACGGUCCGGCGGCCGGGCCACCGCCGGCCGCCAACCUCUACCCGCGCCCGCUGCAGAUGCACUGUCCGCCGACCUAUCUGCCCGCGAACUACUACGCCUCGCCGUACGGGCAGCCACCGCCGCCUCCGCCGCCACCGCACGACAUGUACUACGCGCACGCGUAUCCUCCUCACUACUACCCCAAGUUUCCGCCGCAGUACUAUCCGACGCGCCGUCAGUACUAUCCGGGGCCGCCCGGUCCUCCCGGGCCCGAGCACCUCUACGAACAGCCGCCGCCGAGUAGUGCGCCAGUGGCUCCACCACCGCCGCCGCCGGCCGGGGCACAACUCGUACCUGCCGGACCGCAAGGCCCGCAGCACCUGGACCACUACCCGUACGCGUACCCGGGCUACGGCAGUCCCGGGCCCGGUUCCGGGGGCCAGUGCUACACGCGCAACCUGCAACACCCGCCUCCGUAUCUGGAUGCGCACUACACAACCAAUUGCCCAUGUCCGAUGCAGUGUCCAAAAAACGUCAAUGCUGGGUCCCUUAUUGGUAUCAAGGCCAGUAAGGGCCCAGUAGCCACAAACAACAACACCAACAAAAACAACCAUAUCGUACAAAGCCAGACGAGUACGGCGGGCGGAACCAUCAGCACGGCGGAACCGCUGUCGUCCAGUUCGUACCCGGUAUCGUCAUCCUCGUCGGCGUCACCGGCUCCAAUCGAUCUACACGCGUCCAUCUCGUCCCCGAUGGCCGAGACGGUCUCGAAGGCCACCCCGGCGGCCACCCAAGCGCCUCUGCAGCACACCUACCCACAUCACCAUCAGCCGCUGCAGAGGCCACCGCUGGUUGAGCAUCAUCCUGCCGCUCCACCGCAUCACACGCAUCCGUACCAUCUUCACCAUCCACGGCACGGCGGAGGUCUUCCGCCGGCGAUGGUAGUAACCACGGCACCGGAAGUAACACCUACAGCAGCCCCACACUCAGCCAAAGCGUCGGUGUCGAGUGUCAGCGGCCCCGAAAUGUCGCUGCAGCAUCCCGUCAUGACCACGGCACCGACCAACGGUGGUGGUGGUGGCGUUAGGGACAAUCUGGACCCAGCGCAAAUGUGCUACAAAGCGGAGCAACUAAUCAAACCGGAAACGGCACCGACCAACCUGAUGCCGGACCCGAUGCACUACGGUGAUCCGUAUCUGCACCAUUAUCACCAUUCGCUCGGCUACUACCACCAUCCGAAGUUGUCGGACUUGAAGGACGAUCUGCACGGGCAGCUGGCCCCAGCGCCGCCGCCAGGGUCUCAGUACACGAUUGCGCGACUCGAGCCAAUCGACUUGCACGUGAGCCCUCCGCGUGGUCCGGCCACGCUGAGCGAAAAAGCGAUGCAACCGGCGAGUCUGAUCGAGCUCGAGGCCAAUGGUAAAGAUGGCCUGCACGGGAGCCUGCUUUCACCGACGACGGUCGUUAAGCGGGAAAUUGAAGACUUUAAGCUCGAUCCACUGGCCGGCGAUGCCGGGGUGGCCACCCUUAAAGGGAAGGCGGUGUGCAAGAAGGAAGAUUUCGAAGAAAGGGGCCCAGCCAUGACGCCGGACCUGUUGCCACUGCUGGACGAUCGGCCGAUCGUCAUCAAGAAGGAUUGCGACGACGAGAAGGCCGAACCGGUAACCUGCGUCGGCGGUGUGUCGGCAGCGGUGGCGGAGGGAACGUUUCAUCAACCGGCCCAGCACCUUCACCAUCACAUGCUUCACCAUCAUCCGCAUCAUCAUGUGCAUCUUGCCUCGCAUCAUCACCACAGUGCCAGUACAAACCUCCUGCAUCAACCUCGCCACCACCACCUGCACCCGCAGCACUACGGCGGCAGUAUGCAGCUGGUGCAGCAGCCUCCUGCUCCUGCUGCGGCCGCCACUCUUCGGCUCGAGCAGGAUACCGAAAUGGCGGACACCAAACUUCCAAUCGCCGCCCGAGACUGCAAGAGUGACCUGGCCGAGCUCGUCCUCACGACGGAGUCCUCGAUGGCGUCCGGGGUGCCGCCGUCGCCAGCGGCUACUACGUCGACCACCAGCACGAUAACCGUCAGCCACCAUUCGAGGGAUAUCAGUAGUGAUAGUAGCAUUAGUUUUAGCGAUAGUGUCAACCCUAGCACGGAUGGUGACCUGGCGUCUCCCGAGCCCGGCGCCUUUCCUGCGUCGACCGUCAAGCGGAGAGCGCUGCUGGUGGCAUGCAAGAAAUCCACCACCAAGCAGUCGCCCCCGAAUAGCUAUAAGAAUCUGAUCAAACGUACAAAUGGCGACCACCACCCCCCGGAUGAGGAGGGCGAACUUCGGCAGGACGAAAGUUUGGCGCCGGUCGAGCUGAGCGACGACGAAGAGGAAGAAGAGGACGAGGAGGAAGAGGACGAGGAGGAGGACGACGAAGAGGAGGAAGAGGACGAGCAGGACGAUGAGGAGGAGGACGUGGAGAAGGUGGAAAUGGUGGAACAGGCCAGGCAGGCCGAUCGGAUGCGAGCGAAAAAAGGACGCCUCGCAUCGAAGAUCGCUAUUUGCAAGAGAAACGCCAAGAUGGUGGUGCCCGGAGGGCGGUGGAAGUGUCCCAGCAGCACUAGUCUCAGUAGCGGCAGCGCCAGUAACGGAAGCAGAAAGCUUCUGCUGCUAACACAGCAGCCGCAUCAUAGCAGGUGGGGGUUCAAGAACCCUAGCCCGCCCGCGUCCCGCAGGCUCGUGAAGCGAGUGCAUCGGGUGUUCCGAACGAGUAUCGAAUCGCUCCGGAAGCUCCCGCCACGAUUGGGAGGCGGCUUAGUACCCACGGCACGGCGCCAGCGGUUUGUUCGCAAACUACGGCUUUCGAAGUCGCCCGCACGCUCGGUGUCUAACGAAUCUUCGGACCCACAAACGUCCUCGUCGGUCGAAAGUGCCAUUGAAGGAAGCGUAUAUCCACUCACUACUUUCGUCACGGACCUCGAUCAAGGGCAGCUUCCGGCUGCGGUGAACAGCCCGUUCGGCUGUUCACCACCACCAGAACCGGCGGUCGACGCGGUAAAGGAUCCGAUCACCACCGAGCCGGUGAAGCCGCCCCUGUCGAAUGUCGAUCGAACGAUCGAUCUCGUCGCGAGAGGAUACUUUUCCGAGCCGGAAAUCCUGGUGACCGAUCUGCAAAAGAACGCAUACUCACGGGCCUGGUUGAAAAAGGUGAAACAGCAGCAGCAACAGGAGGGUCGCUCGCACUCCGAGCAAAGCCGCGAGGCGAAACGUGAUCGCGAUCGUAGCAGCGAUAGCGCCGGCGGUAAGUCCGCCUGCAAGAAGAAAACCAAGAAAGCGACGACUCCUUCCACCGAUAACUGCACUGUGGUGGAGAAGAAGUCCAAGUCCAAGACUAAAACCUCCAAGUCGGCCGGGGACAGCCUGCCACACGAGACUGAUCAGGUGCAACCGGAUGCGAGUCAGCGAAAAACCAAAAAUAAAUCAAGUCGCAAGGAGUCUAAAAAGGAAUCCAAGAAGGCGAAGAAGAAGAAGAAGCUUAAAGAUGGCGCCGACGACGGUCGUAAGAAGGAGCAGCCCGUCGUCGAGCAACCGAUCGCAAUGGAGGUCGAACUAGAUUCCGCGUACCAACGCGCGACCUCGACGCCAAUUCGUACGGAUGCGGUGGACUGUAUGGAGGUGGACGACCAUCAUGGAGCCGGUCCGUGCGAUGAGAGUGUGGCUGGCUGCCCGCUGGAUCAAUCGUCGGUGAUUGACGAUCGGGAAACGGACUUCGAUGAUGCUGCCACGAUGCUGGUGGAGGAUGAUGUGGCCAGUGUUGACACCAGUGUGCUGAUCACGCGCCAUAAUAACAACAAUAAUAUUAGCACCAUAACGGAUAAGAAUAAUCCGGCGGACGAGCAGAUGGUCGUGCCCGCACAUCCUCUCCAGGCCAUCAUAGCCGAUGGCAAGGAGGGCAGCGAACUAGAACCACCUGAGGGCAUGGAACCGUUCCUGGACGACCCGAUGGAAGACCCUGACGACGUGCUCCAGCUUCAGGUGGGUGUGACGCAUCAGCAGCAACAGAUAUCGCUACCGCCACCGCCACCAACGACGCAGACGCAGCCUCAAAUGAGCCCCGAUGAUCGUCCGAUACCUAUGCAGACGGACUACAUCGAUGAUUACGAGUACUACGACGAGGAUGACGAACUGCCGCCGAAACGUGCCACUAGCCGAACCAUCAAGCGGAAACGGACGCGACCGAAGCCAUCGAAAAAGUUCAGCACCAAAAAGCGCCAUCGUCGGCCGUCGGCUCACAGGUACGAGGUUGAGGAGAUUAUAGUGCCAAGAAGGUGCACCAAUAUUCCGCGCUGGAGCAACGGCUGGACCUGGGAGGGGCAACCGUUUCAGGGGAAAGUGUUUUUGAACAGCGAUGAUGCACCGGUUCUUCGGACAUGCUACCCGGCGAUGCGACACUCGGAGGGCGACAUUAUCAGACCGCGAGACUGUGUGCUUCUACGGGCCGGCAAUAAACGCUCGGAAUUGCCAUACGUAGCGAAGGUUGCUUACCUGUGGGAGAACCCCGAAGAUGGUGAAAUGAUGAUGUCAUUGCUUUGGUACUACCGACCAGAGCACACCGAGCAGGGCCGCCAGAGGGCGGACGGACCGGACGAGGUGUUCGCUUCACGGCACAAGGACCACAACAGUGUGGCCUGUAUCGAGGACAAAUGCUACGUUCUGACGUUCAGCGAGUACUGCAGGUUCCGUCGCCAGAUGAAGGGCUUCGAGGAGAACGUCGAGGAACAGCCAUCGAUUGUGCCACCGCCGGUGCAGCGGAGAGAAAACCCACGCCUUCCACCGCCGGUCGUGUCGCCGGAGCUGGUGAUGUACUGCCAGCGAGUAUACGAAUUCCGACUGAAGAGGCUCCUCAAAACCACAUCCUAG